GCGCAUGCCCACUGUGCCCAGCUGCUCCGCUUUCGAGCAUCCUAGACUUCUGCCACCAGGUAAGGACAUCCUAGAAGCUGAGCUACAGUUGGCUGGGGCACACAGAAACCUGGGGGUGCCAAGAGUUUCCAGGUACGUAAGCGGGAAAGGGGUGCCGAGUCUCAGCUAAAAAAAAUCCCCCAUGGCAGAGAUCCGAGUACACAUGCAGCAGUUUCCAAGGUGGGGGGGCCGAGGAAGGGGAGGAUGAUGGGAGAAGACGAGCAGCUACAAGCCCCCGCACGCAGUGCGCAGCUGGCUUCUGGAAAGAGGCCCGCGAUGCAGUGCUGCCCGGCCUCGGCGCAGAGCCCCGGCGGAGCGCCAGACGCUGACUGCCCGCACUGGAAUGCUCGCGAUGAGAAGACAGGUGGAGUACUGCAAGCGAGCGAGCCUUCAGCUCUCGUAUCCAUGACGCCUGCUGCUUUGGGGGACCCCUGGCCUGCUGGGAAGUGGGUCUCUGUGGGCCAUCCUGUCCCGCCCUUGCCGGCGCCGGACCCCCACGGCCCCGGAGCCUUCCUCGCUGCCACGGGUUGACAGAGCCGGACGUGACGCUACCGUGGAAGGAAGGGAGGGGCGGAGCGUGCCGCGGUGACGUCCUCCCAAGAUGGCGGAGAGAGAGUGAAGAAACUGUGUUCCGUCUUGGGUUGCUAUCGAUCAAGGGUAAAAUUCCAUUGAUACCAAAAUGCAGUAUUCGCACCACUGUGAGCACCUUUUAGAGAGACUGAACAAACAGCGGGAAGCAGGUUUUCUUUGUGACUGCACCAUAGUGAUUGGAGAAUUCCAGUUUAAAGCUCAUAGGAAUGUGCUGGCCUCCUUUAGUGAGUAUUUUGGUGCGAUCUACAGAAGCACUUCUGAGAACAAUGUCUUUCUUGAUCAGAGUCAGGUGAAGGCUGAUGGAUUUCAGAAACUCUUGGAGUUUAUAUACACAGGAACUUUAAAUCUUGACAGUUGGAAUGUUAAAGAAAUUCAUCAGGCUGCUGACUAUCUCAAAGUGGAAGAGGUGGUCACUAAAUGCAAAAUAAAGAUGGAAGAUUUUGCUUUUAUUGCUAAUCCUUCUUCUACAGAGAUAUCUAGUAUUACUGGAAACAUUGAAUUGAAUCAACAGACUUGUCUUCUUACUCUGCGAGAUUAUAAUAAUCGAGAGAAAUCAGAAGUAUCUACAGAUUUGGUUCAGGCAAAUCCUAAACAAGGAGCAUUAGCAAAAAAGUCAUCUCAAACAAAAAAGAAGAAGAAGCCGUUCAACUCCCCAAAAACAGGGCAGAAUAAAACAGUGCAAUAUCCCAGUGAUAUUUUAGAGAAUGCAUCUGUUGAAUUAUUCCUAGGUGCAAAUAAACUGUCCACACCUGUCGGAGAACAAGUUGCACAAAUAAAUGAUAAUUCAGAACUCGAAUUGACAUCGGUUGUGGAAAAUACUUUUCCAGCACAAGAUAUUGUGCAAACUGUUACAGUGAAACGGAAACGUGGAAAAUCACAGCCGAACUGUGCUCUGAAAGAACACUCUAUGUCUAAUAUAGCCAGUGUCAGGAGUCCUUAUGAAGUGGAGAACUCCAGAGAAGAGCUGGAUCAGAGGUAUUCCAAGGCCAAGCCAAUGUGUAACACAUGUGGGAAAGUGUUUUCAGAAGCCAGCAGCUUGAGAAGGCACAUGAGAAUACAUAAAGGAGUCAAACCUUAUGUCUGCCACUUAUGUGGAAAGGCAUUUACCCAGUGUAACCAGCUGAAAACCCAUGUAAGAACUCAUACAGGUGAGAAGCCAUACAAAUGUGAAUUGUGUGAUAAAGGAUUUGCUCAGAAAUGUCAGCUAGUCUUCCAUAGUCGCAUGCAUCAUGGUGAAGAAAAACCCUAUAAAUGUGAUGUAUGCAACUUACAGUUUGCAACUUCUAGCAAUCUCAAGAUUCAUGCAAGGAAGCAUAGUGGAGAGAAGCCAUAUGUCUGUGAUAGGUGUGGACAGAGAUUUGCCCAAGCCAGCACACUGACCUAUCAUGUCCGUAGGCAUACUGGAGAAAAGCCUUACGUGUGUGAUACCUGUGGGAAGGCAUUUGCUGUCUCUAGUUCUCUUAUCACUCAUUCUCGGAAACAUACAGGUGAAAAACCAUACAUAUGUGGUAUUUGUGGGAAAAGUUUUAUUUCCUCAGGAGAGCUCAACAAACACUUUCGAUCCCAUACAGGAGAAAGACCAUUUAUCUGCGAAUUAUGUGGAAAUUCUUACACUGAUAUUAAAAAUUUAAAGAAGCACAAAACAAAAGUCCAUUCUGGUGCAGAUAAAACUCUAGACUCCAGUGUAGAGGAUCAUACUUUGAGUGAACAAGAUUCCAUACAAAAGAGUCCUUUAUCAGAAACUAUGGAUGUGAAACCUUCUGACAUGACUUUACCAUUAGCUCUUCCACUUGGGACUGAGGACCAUCACAUGCUUCUGCCUGUCACAGAUACUCAGUCUCCUACAUCAGAUACAUUGUUGAGGUCAACUGUGAAUGGAUAUUCAGAACCACAGUUGAUUUUUUUACAACAGUUAUACUGAAUGUGAGGAAUAUGGAAUUGCUAAGAUGUCAUUGAUAGCAAACAUCUCUGGUAAGGUGCAUAUAUUCAUAUUAAAUUCCCAUUCAUUUGAGUUGUUACCAUUAUUUUUCAUUCACUGAAGUAAAAGCACCUGAUGCUGCAUCACAACUGCAGUGUUUGUUUUUAUUUUUGCCUUUUAUGUCUAUACACACAGCUUUUUAAGGAAUGAAUUAUAUAGCACCAUUUUGGAUGGAUGAGUUUUAUUUUCUUUUAAAGCUGCCUUAAUUCCAUUUUUAUUUUGCAUUUAGAAUUGCCCUUCAUUUACUACAUCAGCCAGUUAAUGUGAUUCUGUUUUGACCUGUGGGAUUUAAAAAUUUUACUGCCCUCAGAAUUUAAGCAAAAUCCAUGAUAGUAUCAGCCCAAGAAUGUGUUGUUAUUUGUAAGCCCCACAGAACAAUACAUAAACUAUGGAGAAAAAAUAAAAUUUCAUAUUUCUGCUCAUGAAAAUUUAGUUACUGAGUAAGAAUUGUGCUAUUUCUCUAUUAAAUAUAUUCUGUUAGAGAUACCUUUUCUAAUGAAACAAAAACAUAUUUCUCAAAAUCUAGAAAACUGCAUAUAAAUUUUUGUUCAUUUAGGACACAGUAUUCUGGAGAAAACCAAUGGUCAGUACUUUUGGUUUGAGUUAUUUAAGAUUAUAUUUUCAAAAGGAACUUUAAAUAGGUAAUUGGUGUCUUUAUCUCAGCAAAGACGGUUUCAAAAUUUGAUUCAGUUUGUUUUAUUCAGUUUCUAGAAUAUUAGCGAUGAAAAUAUACUGAGUUUUGAAAUAUUUUGGCAAGCCUCUCUUAUGCCUGUUAGGCCCUUUUUAAAAGAAAUACUAAAUUCCAAAAAGAA